AUGCUUCUUACCGUUCUCGGAAGAGAGAGAUUUCAGUUCGAAGAACUACAAUUUCGUGAAACAAAAUCUAAGUCGGAGAGAGAGAGAGAGAGAGAUAGAGAGAAAAAGAGAGAAUCACGAAGGGUUUUUUUGUUCUCAAAAAUGGCGAGCACUGGUCCAAACGAUGACGUUGUUUCCUUGGAACUCCCUGCACCUUCGGGCUGGAAGAAAACGUUUUCACUAACGAAAGGAGGAACACCAAAUAAGAAUGCAGUUGUGUUCACUUCACCAACAGGGGAAGAGAUCAAGAACACAAAGCAACUGAAACAGUACCUGAAAUCACACCCUGGUGGGCCCAAGAUUUCUGAGUUUGAUUGGAGAAGUGGUGAGACUCCAAGAAGGUCUUCAAGAAUCAGUGAGAAAGAAAAGUCAACUCCACCACCAGAUCCUGAACCGGUCAACAAACGCCCCAGAAAGUCAACAUCUUCCAAGAAAGGCAAGAAAGAAGAAGAAGAUGUUGAAAUGAAGGAUUCUGAAAAGAUUGAGAAAGAUGAUGAGAAAAUUGAAAUCCCAGAAAUGCCCCUGGCAGAUGAAGUGGCUGAGCCUGUAAAAGAUGUCGAUAUGAAGGGAGAAGAAGAUGAGAAACCAAAAGAAGAGGGCGAUGGGAAGUGUGAAAUACCAGAAAUGCCCCUGUCAGAGGAAGUGGCAGUUGAGACUGUAAAAGCGGUGGAUGAAGAAAUGUGUGAAAUACCAAAACUGCCCUUGGAGGAAGUAACUAAGCCAGAAGAACAGCAGGAGCCGAAAGCUGCAGAAACCAAAAAUUUGGAAGGUGAGUCGGUCAAAGAAGUCAAUGAGGAAGUUUGUGAAAUACCAAAAUUGCCCUCGGAGGAAGUAAUCAAACCGGAUGAGUCGGUCAAAGAGGUCAGUGAGGAAGUUUCUGAAAUACCAAAAUUGCCCUUGGAGGAAGUAAUCAAACCGGAUGAAUUGAAAGCUGCUGAAACCAAGAACGGGGAAACUGAGCCCGUAAAAGAGGUUGUUGAAGAAGUGUCUGAAAUACCAAAAAUGCCCUCGGAAGAAGUAACCAAACCAGAAGAUGUCAACGAGUGUGAAAACCCGGAAAUGACCCUGGUGGAUGAGCCUGCAAAAGAGGUCAAUGAAGAAGCACUUGAAAACCCUAAAACGCCCCCGCCGGAGAACGCAACCAAGCCCGCCAAUGAAGAACCAGAACCGGUGGUCAAGGAUGCUGUUCCGGCGACUAAAGUGGAAGCAGGCGGUGGUGGUGGUGCAGCUGAGAAUGGUUGUCCGGUGGCGGAGGAGAAUCCUUCAUGGGAGGAGAUAAAGAUAGAGUGACCGGUGAUUGUAGUGGCGGCGGCAGUGGUGGUGGUGGUGCCGCCUGUUCUCUAAGUUAGUGUUGUUUGUUUAUCAUCUUUCUUUUGGUGAAAAUCUUAUUCUGUGAUAGGAUUUAAUUAGGAGUCAUGAAAAACUUUAACUUUAGCAACAUCAAAGAGACACAAGUGAAGUGACAUUUGUUGGGGGUAAAUCCGUCAACAAAGUAGUCAUCUAUUAUGGUUUGUUGUGGUCUUUGUUGUGUGUCUAUAGGCUUAUAUUAUUCUAGGUUACAGAGGUCAUGUUAAUGCCUGUAUCAUCGUUAUGUAAUAGGCAAACUCUUUUAUGAGCUUUUAACUUUUGCAUUUCCCUUGUUUUAUUGCACAAACAUUCAUGUGUUCUAUCACCAUUUGUGUUUGAUAA